GAGCCUGAAUAUAAACCAAACAAGCCUCCACACCCUGCAGUCAAAGGAAGUUCCUCUGCAUUCUUUCCAUACAUGCGCACACACACACGCACACAUAGCAAAGAAAGCUGCGAGUACUCUGCGGGCUGAUAGUAGGGGGUGUGGUGGGCCUGCUGGAGGCCUGCUGGAGGACUGGAGACCAGAAUCUCAUCAUCACCCAGGCCCUGCCAGUCCGUCAUUGGUCAGGGGCCUGGGCGCCUGUCCGUCAACCUCAGUCCGUCAUUUUUCAAGCCGAACCAAAUUUGCCAUCAUGAGUAAGGCAGGAUGUGACGACGAUGGAGGAAGCAUCUUUGAGGUGCACCCUGAGAAGUCACCAAGUGACAAGGCCACGGCUACUACGGCAACAGGGCCGGGAUGGACAAAGGUUAGCUGCCCUUGUUGUGUGUCGGAGCGGGUUGAGCCACUGGUUCUGGUGAAACUUGGUGAGAAGGUCCGUCCUGAGACCAAAAGAUGGCUCAUCAAAUUGAUUGGAACUCCACAGAAAGAAGGAGGUGCAGCAUUGCUGGCCCAUCCAGGUGAAGAUGCCACUGGUGACAUCAUCAUGGUCUCCGCCCCACGGUGCACAUUGUUACAAGCCACUGAGGAGUUGGGCCUGUGCAAGACGUAUAACACUGGGGAAAUGGAGACGUUCUCGUACGACGACAGAGACAACUUUCGACAUUCAGACAACAUAGAGAUCUUCCUGACGCUUGCUGAGAGACAGUACAUCAUCAAGUAUGAGCUGGAGGGUCUGCGUGCGCGGAGGGAUGUGAGGAUACCUGGUCUGGCUGACAACUACACCCUACAACACCGAGACAACAUCUGGCAGAAGAUGACCUCCGCUGGCGUGGUUGUGGAGACGUUCCCCCUACAUAACAGGGCAAGACUGAAAGAGCUCAGUAAAUCCUGGUACUCUGGGAACCAGCUGUCACAACCACUGGAUUCGGUCAAUGCGUAUUUUGGGAGCACGGUGGGAUUCUACUUCAGCUUCCUUGAUUUCUACACUUGGUCUCUGUUGCCACCGGCUAUUCUGGGCCUUUGCAUCACAUACUUCUCCAGUGAGGUUCAGAAGGAAGCGGUGGAGGCAGUGGCCGGCUCACAGGCCGAGAUCCACGAGGAGGACGCCGGACUCACCGCGAGUGGUCACAUGAUCCAGGCUGUGUUCAGCAUGCUCUGGUCCACCGUGUUCAUGGAGCUGUGGAAGCGUCGCAGUUCCUCCCAGUCCUACCGCUGGGGGACCCUUCACCUCGCCGAGCGCUUUGCGGAGCCUCGACCCGGUUUCCAUGGCCAUCUUGGGAUGAACCCUGUCACUGGUCGUAUGGAGCCUCUGUUUCCUGAAUGGCAGAGGGAUCUGCGGAUGGCACUGGUCUCUAUCCCGGUGGUUGGACUGUUUUUGGGGAUGGUGGUCCUUGGCAUGCUGUGUUUCUACUGGGGGGAGAACCAAGUGAUGUGGCUUCACGACGGAUGGGACUCAAUGGUGUCCCAGACGUUACUCUACGCACCUUCUGUGCUUCACAUUGUCUACACGAAUAUGCUGGCCACGGUUUACAAAAGAGUGGCCCAGUCUUUGACUGAAUUUGAGAACCACAGAGAAGAGUCUGCAUUCCAGAACCACCUGACAGCAAAAGUGUUGGUGUUCACAUUCUUCAACUACUUUGCAGUCCUCUUCCACAUUGCAUUCGUCAAGCAGGAUGUGCCGUUGCUUCGUAAGCGCCUGGCAUCUUUGCUGAUCGUGACCCAGUUGGUGAACCAGGUGACAGAAGUGGUGGUACCUUUCCUUGUGGAUCACUUCAUUAGUGCCCCCCACAGGACGGAAACUGAAGAUGACCCAGAGGAAGACAAAUUUAGGAAUCAAAUCACCCUGCCAGUGUUCCCUGGCCUAUUUGCCGAAUACAUUGAGCUCCUGGUUCAGUUUGGCUAUCUGAGUCUUUUCUCGUGCGUCUACCCUCUGACGGCCGUGCUGCUGCUCAUCAACAACGUAAUGGAGAUCCGCUCCGACGCCUACAAGAUCUGCAAACUCUUCCGCAAGCCGUUCUCCGCCCCCGCGGCCAACAUGGGUGUAUGGCAGAUUGCGUUUGAGAUCCUGAGUUUCGUCGCGGUGGUGUCUAACUGCUGGCUGUUGACACUGUCUCCACAAUUGCAAAGGAUGCAUCAUGAGGGCCAGAUGAGCAACACCGACAUCGUGCUGAUGGCCAUUUUGGCUGAGCAUGUUCUCAUCGUAGUCAAGGUGAUUGUGGCAGCCCUGAUUCCAGACGAACCAGAGUGGGUCCGAAAAAAGAGGGCCCACAUGCAGUACACGUCCAUGCAGGCUUUACGACAGCAGAACCUCCCUUCUGAGGAAUCCUGAAUCUGUGAAGCAAUGGAUCAGCUGGACCCAAAACGAACAAUUUUUGAGCUUCAAUAGUCCGAUGCUGUGCCUGCAUACUCAUCAUCCAUAGUUUUUAAAGGUGCCAUUUUAUACUUUGGAGACAAAUCACGUUAUUUAUUUUAUUCAAUUAAAAAAAAAAAAAAAAAAGAUUUUAUUACAAAUUCACAACAGUAAAAUGUUAUACCCCAGUCUUAGAUGAAGAAAAAGCUAUUCAGAGUGAAUUUAAAAACAUCCUUCAGACUUUAAAUAUGGCUGAUGGUGAUGAGUUUAGACUAAAUAAAUAAA